AUGGAGGCAGAAAAGGGAGGGCCGGUGGAGGCGUGGGCUCGCGCCAACGACGUCAGCGAUCUUUGUCCUGUCCUCAUCUCCAAUGGCUUCACCACGCUCGCCUCCAUCCAGCGGCUCGACUUGGACGACAUGCGCGAGAUGGGGGUCACGCGGCCAGGCGAUCGCAAGCGAUUGCUCAUAGCUGUGGAGUCCUUCGCCAAUGCCCCCAUCCCUGCUACGCCGCAAUUCAUGAUCACUCAGACGCCUGCUGCACUUCAUCUGCCCGCCCCCGAACCACAUCUGGCGCCUCCCACACUACCCUCUCCAACGAAACCAGACAUUCGCAUCCCGCCUACGCGCAAUCCAAAGAGGUGCAAGACGAAGUGCCACCAGUACCACAUCCCUGGCGAGCGUCAUCAAUGCGGGCCAGAGGAUGUCUGCAAGGGCUUCGAGGUAUGCGGGCAUCUCGACCUGCACCCGGAUGAAAAGAAGCGCCGACGCGCAGAGAAGAAGAGCGAGAGGAAGCGACGCAAGACGCUCGAACAGGAGGAAGAAGGCGAAUGGAAGAAAAAGAAAGAUGAGCUGCUACGCGUCAAGCGGCUGCCGCAAUUCGACGGAUGGUGGCAGGCGCAGCUGGAGGAGGUGGUGCGCUGCGACCCUGACCAGUACAGCCUCGAAGAGGGGACGAGGAAGAGAGCACAGGCGAUGGCCGCAGUGGCGCGCAAGUACACUGAGUUCCGUCGCGUGCUACGUCGCGAGGCGGCCAUCAACACUCAAAUCGAGACCGAGCUACGCGCCAGCGGGAUGAAGCUGUCCCUCGACGCUGAAGUCGAGUACAUCGCCAGGAGGCAGAAGGAGCUGGCGAGCGCCUUGGAAGAGAAAGAGGUGCCAGCAGAUGAGCAGGGAGGAGAUGAAGAGCUUCCGUGA